GGCUGCGGCGGCAGGGGUCACCGGGCGAGCCGGAGGCUGUCCCGUGGCGGCCGAGCGCCGCACCGCUGGCUCCUGAGGGGCGGCUCGGGCCCCUAGGGCCCCGGGCUGGUCGGCGGGGCCGCGGGAGCAGGGCGGGCUGCGCGCCGGGUCUGGCCCUGCCCUGCGGCCCGCCCUCGGCAUUCCGGGCCUCUGGACCACGCGCCCCCCCCCCCCCCCCCAACCCCCUAAAGGCUGAGGGUCUGGUAGCCAUGUGUGGACCCUAAAGCGCCUUGUAGUCUUUUGAAGCGCUUUGACAUCUCGGAAGGGCUCUGUACUGCAAACUAAAUCGAAGCGCUUUGUAAUCCCGGAAGCGCUUUGACAUCUCCCUAGUAGCGCUGUGCAAACUGAAGCGCUUGGUGAUCGCGGAAGCACGUUGUGGGGUUUGGAAACCAAACCGACGCCUUUAGUAAAUCUUGGAUCGUUUUGACUAAGGCGAAGCGCUUUGGAAUCUCCGAAACCUUGAGAACUGUGAUGGGCAGUGGAAAGAACGGGGAAAGGUGCCCAUGGCGUCGGAGCGGCGCAAGGUCAAGUACCACUGGAGCAGCACUUCGGAAGGGUGUCCCCGCAAGCGCAGCUGCCUCAGGGAGCCCGGUGAUGUGGCCCCCUCCAGCCGGUCAGCUCCUAGCUCUGCGUCGCGUUCAGGAGGCACCAGCAGCCCCAAGCGCCUGAAAGCCCAGAAGGAGGACGAUGUGGCCUGCACCCCGAGGUUGCCCUGGGGCUCAUCCUGCCGCAGAAAUUCUUCCUCCUCCUCCUCCUCCUCUUCCUCCUCCUCGCAUUCCUCUGGCCCAGGUGUGGGCGGGGCUGCCCCCAAAGGCUGCCUGAUUCGGAGCACACGGGGAUUCCUUUCAUCGUCCAGAGGAUCCCCUCUUCGCUCUGCCAACCCCUCUCCGGAAGAAAUGGCUUCUCUAGAGGAGGAAGCCUGCAGCCUUAAGGUUGAUUCGAAAGAUAGUUCUCGUAACUCCACAAACUCUGAAUUUGCAGCCGAAGCUGAGGGUCAGAAUGACACAAUUGAGGAACCAAACAAGGUCCAGAAAAGGAAGAGGGAUAGGUUUCGAGACCAAGGCUCUACAAUGAUCUACCUGAAGGCUAUCCAGGGCAUCUUGGGAAAGUCGAUGCCAAAAAGGAAGGGAGAGGCUUCCACUAGGGCCACACCAAACACAAGGGAGCGUCCCAGCCGUGGAGAAGGGCCAGCCAGGAGUGCCACUGUGUCUCCUCCUCAGAAAGGGAAAGAGUCAGCCCCAGAGGUAAGAGCAGAGGAGGAAAAGGCUGUGCUGGAGAGGACCAGCUUUUGCGACAGGAGAGUGGUGAUAGACCCUCAGGAGAAACCCAGCGAGGAGACACCUGGUGACCGAAGGACAGUCAUUGACAAGCAUUCUCCACCUCUGGAGUUUUUGGAUGACUCUGACUCUCAUUUAGAAAGCCAGAAGCCUAAAGAAAGGGAGGUGGUGAUAGAGCGCACCUCUUCAGGAAGUGACUGGUCUGAUGUAGACGAAGUCUCCACAGUCCGAUUCUCUCAGGAGGAGCCCGGCUCGCUGAAACCCUCCACAGUUCCAGAGCCUUCUGCCUUCCCCACUGACUAUGUCAUGUACCCGGCUCAUUUGUACAGUAGUCCGUGGUGUGACUAUGCCAGCUAUUGGACCAGCAGCCCCAAGCCUUGCGGCUACCCCUCUGUGGGCGCCGGCAGUGACACGCUGCAGGCAGGGCGGAGCAACCGGGGCCUCCUGAGUGAUUGUCCCCCUAACUCUGCAGCGACUUCCCAGAAUACUUCCAGAGACCAGGAGGCAACAGAGGAAGGCUCAUCCCAGAACUCCCGUUCAUUUCAUUUCUCCAGAAGCUCGGAAGAAGAGGUGAAGGAGAAAAGAGCACUCCAGGAGGAGAUGGCACCACGUCCCUGCGGAGGCCACACAUCCGGCUCCCUGCCAAGGAGCCAUCGGGGGUCAGGCCUAGAAGAGGGUUUCAUCGAUACCCACUGUCACCUGGACAUGCUGUAUUCCAAGUUGUCUUUCAAAGGGUCCUUUACUAAGUUCAGAAAAAUUUAUAGCAGCUCCUUCCCUAAGGAGUUUCAGGGCUGCAUCUCUGACUUCUGUGAUCCUCGGACACUGACUGAUUGCCUGUGGGAGGAGCUCUUGAAAGAGGAUCUGGUUUGGGGGGCCUUUGGCUGUCAUCCUCAUUUUGCACGUUACUACAGUGAGAGUCAAGAAAGAAAUCUUUUGCAAGCCUUAAGGCACCCCAAGGCUGUGGCAUUUGGGGAAAUGGGCUUGGAUUACUCGUAUAAGUGCACCACGCCUGUCCCAGAACAGCACAAGGUGUUUGAGAGACAGCUGCAGCUGGCCGUAUCUCUGAAGAAGCCCUUGGUGAUCCACUGCCGAGAAGCUGACGAAGAUCUGCUGAACAUCAUGAAAAAAUUUGUGCCCUCAGACUACAAGAUCCAUAGGCACUGCUUCACUGGCAGCUACCCAGUCAUCGAGCCUCUGCUGAAGCACUUCCCCAACAUGUCUGUGGGCUUCACAGCAGUCCUGACUUACUCCUCGGCCUGGGAGGCCCGGGAAGCUCUGAAGCAGAUCCCGCUGGAGAGAAUCAUUGUGGAAACGGACGCUCCCUACUUCCUGCCCCGACAGGUUCCCAAAAGCCUCUGCCAGUAUGCCCACCCAGGCCUGGCCUUGCAUACGGUCCGAGAGAUUGCGAGGGUCAAAGAUCAGCCGCUCUCCCACACCUUGGCCAUCCUGCGUGAGAACACCAGCCGCCUCUACAAUCUUUAAGCAGAGAGAGUGCAGUCAGGAGAAAAAGGACAACCAGUGGCCUGACAGAAGAUGGGCUGGUUUGCUCUCUGCCUGUAUGUCCCAGGUCAGGGAUGUGUCUGAAGAGAGCCCCUUGGAACGGAGGAAACCAGGACAGGAUGUUUGCCUCGAAGCCCCGUCCUAAAGCUCUACUUCCGGCUCGGGGGUGGGGUGGGGAGCAGCGUGGAGCAAGGCACGGGUAGGGUCUACCUCCCGGGGCAGUCAGUGACGCAGGAAGGGGCUGAGAGGAGGGCGCAGUGAGUUUGCCACUCCAAGUCCUGGUGCUCUGCAGCCUGCGACUUUGAGCAGUCUUCACAGACCCUCUCCUACUCGUCUGAGCACCUGUGUGUGUGUAACUCCGCUCCUGGGUCUCCGAUCUAAAGAUGAACUCCCAAGUGGGAAACCUCCUCUGGGGGACGUUAACUGGAGCCUUGUCUCGGAGGUUUAUGGUCCUUCAACCGAGAAGUCCUCCCCUUCUUUCCCUGGAUAAUGCUUCGGUUCGGCUGUCCCCGCUGCUGCCUCAGCUCUGCUUCAGCAUGAAUGGAAGACCUUGGCUGCUAGUCUCACUGGUUCUUCUGCCAUCGGUCUGGAGGGGCGGGGGACGCUCACUGUCCGGGGGAAGUCCGGGCCAAUGGGGAUCUGGACAGACUGGGGGACUCCAGGAGGAGGCCUUUGGGAGGAAGAGGACCCCUGAGAAGGUGUUUCUGCUUACCGAUGCCCCCAGGGCUACGGCUCGGUUGUGUUCAUCUGGUAAGGGUUCAGUUUGCAGCAGAUGCGACCUGCUAGUCUGCUGUUGGGACGUCCCACCUGCCUGUUGCUCCAUUUCUGCCCCAUUCUCCUGGAACACUGAACCAAGAAUACUUCUGUUUCAUCCCAUGUAACAGCCCCUUAUGUGCCCCACCCGGGUUGAGAGGUAAACCAGUUUAAUUCUUCAGAACUCUGUUGGGGCUGCUCAGCCAUGGUGUUGCUUAUGCCGCACAUGAUCUUAGCCAAAAGGCCGAGAAGCGAUGGUGUUGCUUAUGCCGAACAAACAGGCCUGGUGUCUCUGCCUUUCAGUCCCCUCCCAGGGCUCUCUCUCCCUUGCCUUUGCCUCAUCUGUGUCCUUUCUCCCAUGUUGGAAGUGAGCGCCUCUCCUUUGACUUUUGAGAGGCUGGAUCGUCAGGUUUUAAGCUGUGCUCUGCUCCCUGCCUGGUAUAUCUGUUACAGGCCCUGGAAGGUUCUAAUGGUUGAGGGUUAAGUGUGAGGACACUCUGCACUUUGUCCAAAAGGAUCCUUUACCCCGAUCUCCCACAGUGAGACGGGACACCUUCAGUCCCUUGUCUGUUUCUUGGAGGCCGGUAGCUUAAUUCGUGAAAUCCAUCAGUUAAUGCUGGAUUUCUCUAGGGGUUUUUGGAAGGUGCAUUUGAGCCUCGUAAGCUGAAAGGGAAUGGACUUAACGUUUCAUAGCUGGUUUUUCUGUCUUGGCCUGGUGCACGUGUCACUGGCCUGGGAAGCAGGCCUUGAUUCACUGUUGGCCUUCCAUGGCUCAGCUGUGUGGCAUUGUCUGUGCCUCCAGUUUGCCAACGUGGGGAAUUGGGGGCUUGCUCUCCCGCUUGGAGGACUAAGUAUUUCAGAGCGCUCUGUUGUCCCACAAGUGAACUGCAGCCUGUACACCUCCUUUACAACAAGCCCUGUCAGUCAAUACUCGCUGCGCUGGAAGCAGAGUGGUCCUGUGCUAGAGGGCUAAAAGUGAUGACUAAGUGGAUGUCUCUGAGCCUGUGCAGUCUCCCUGCCAAGGUAAAGCACAAGGUGCUAUGUACUCUCAUCUCUAGGAUUUAAGAUGAUCAUUUCUGUGCUGUUACACAGUGGAACAUGACUUGUGUGGGCGGUGAAAGCUGGUGGGCAUUGUUUUUGACUUGAUGGCUGACUUGAUUGUUUUUGCUGUGCUGCCGGAAUGCCUCUGUAUGUCCCCCCACCCCCUGCCCCUUUUGGCCAUCUCUUUCUGAAAAUAAAGUGAUGGGUCUUUAGCCAGCUCCCGUGCCCUCUGUGGUUGGUUACACUUCUCAGAGUGAUAACAAUCAAGUUGUUGGCCAGCCUUGUAACCUGAGAAUCCAAAGUUGGGGAGAAAUUCUCAGGUAUACAUGUUAUGUCUCUGCAAAAUGAAACUGGUAAUAAGAAUACCUGGUACCUUCCUUCUUCAGAGUUCUGCUGCCCUCGAACAUUAACCCAUUUUACUGCCUGGGAACUCCGAUGUACUGCUGCUUAGCAGUACACAGAUCUUUGGUUUUCCUUUCUCCCCCCGGAGCACUGCAGUAGGAGAAACGGAGUACACAAGGGUAGUGUUGACAGAUCUGUUGUAGUGAGGCGAGUCUUUGGACUAUGGCCUCCUCUGAUGCCUCUGGGCAAACUUGGGAGGAAAUUCUGUGUCACUACUUUCAGUCGGUCCUCUAAUUUUGUGCCAAGGUAUUACUGAACACAAGUGCACAAGCCAGAAGUAAGCCUGUAAAAAGGAAGGCUGUGUUCCAAGAAUGCUACAGAUGCCUGUGCUGAUUUGACGCCUGUGCUGAUGCCUCGUUCGAGACACGGUCAUCGAUGAUGCAUCUUCAGCAUAUAAUUCCAUCACUUUGUCUCCUCCGUUCCUUCCCAGGAGAGCACACGGUUGAUGGCAUCUGCUCAGGGGUAGUCCUCUUUGUGGCUAGAAAUCUGCUGCUCUCGGCUCUUGUGGUGCUUCCAUCUUUUCCUCUGUAUUAAGUUUGGGAUCAAUUACUAAUUGUUUACCGUCAGCACGUUCACGUUUGCAUCAGUUUUAUAAAAUAAGGGCAAGUGGCCACUGAGCUACAUAGUGACGGAACAGACUGCAUCAAACAGAGAUGGCCGAAGUGUUGGUCAGUGGCCGGCCAGCCCCUGGACCACAGUGAGCGCUCAUUCGUCAGUGAUGGUUGGGGGCGUAUCCAGAUUAAAGAAGGUAACUAAGUGUGGGUCUUCAUUCUUACUUUUGCACGCUGUCAGAUGAAUGUCUGAGCACACACCUAUAAGUGUAUAGUAAGUUAAAUACAUGUUACUGUACUAAGGUAGCAGGUAUAUUAUAAAAAGUUUUUUUUUUUAUGCUCCAAAACCAAAGUUUUUUAUAAGGAGGAUUUUUUUCCCCCAGCAAAUAUGUCGCUUCCCCCAGGGAUAAAUACAUGCUCUUUCAGAGAAACUUAAGCUAGUGGCAUCAUUAAAUGAUGCAUGGAGGCAUGGGUUUAAGAAAGCUGACCUAGUCAUAAUCUCACAGUUUGUGAGUUUGAGCCCAGCAUCCGUCUCUGCAGUGAUGGUGCGGAGCCUCACUGGGAAUCUGUGUCUCCUUCUCUCUAGCCCCUCCCCUGUUUGUGCGCGCUUGCUCUCUCAAAAUAAACAUUAAAAAAUUUUUUAAAAGGCUGACCUAGGACCAUUUUGGAAAUGCUACAUUUUCUCAAGUGUUUCCUCUGCUAAAUUUUAUUUGUCAGUUGUUGACUUGAAAUUGUCCUCACCCCACUUCGAUGUAUUAUGAAGGAAAAUGAAAAACAAAAGAAGCCCCUUGGAUCAUAGGCAGUCAGGCAAGGGAAGCAGGGACUAAAGAUAAACCCAGGUACCAUAGCUCUGGAUAGGAGUCAGCAACAGAUUUGCAGGUUGACUUUGGAAAGUUACUAACUUCUCUGAACUUCUGUUUUCUCCCUCUUUCUUAAGUGGGCUUGUGCAAGUUAACUGUGACUACGUUGAGUACAUAUAAGUUUAUAGAACAAUGCCUGGUAAACAGCAGGCAUGCAGUAAAUGGUGAUGGUUCGAAUAAAUGAAUGCCUGCUAUGUGCCUGGUGUCCGUGUGGGGGAUACUAUGUUCAGUCUUGAUAGUGACCCAGGGAAAUAGGUGUUUUACGUGCGAUGAGCCUGAGAAAUUCAUUGUCUUGGUCUGGAUCAUACCUCUGGGAUUCAAAUUUGGGUCAGGCUGAAGGUCCUAGCUUUGCAUCACAUCCUGCUCCCUGGCCCAGGAGUGAGAGUACUUGUUCCACAGUGGGUGCUCAGCAUCUAUUUCUUUUCUUUUUCUUUUCUUUUUGUCAUUCACUCAAUUUAUUAUUUUUUUUAUUCUCAAGUUAGCUAACAUACAGUGUGGUCUUGGCUUCAGGAGUAGAUUCCCGUAAUUCAUCACUUCAGUAUAACACCCAGUGCUCAUCUAACAAGUGUCCUCUGUAAUGUCCACUCCCGUACCCCCCAGCAUGUGUUUCUUCCACAAAUCACCUAGGUAAGUGGGAGAGUGCUUGUGAGUCCUUUGCAAGAGGAGUAAGCCCUUGUCUUUGUUUUGGAAGCAUCAGGUGACCGUAUUCCCCUCAUGGCCUGACACCCAUGCUGCCUUGAGCUCAAUCCAUGCAUGCUUCUUGGGUUGCCAGCUGCCUUCCUAGACCACUUUGACCAUGUGUGAGCCUUGGAUCCUCCUCUGGCUAUUGAGAAGAGGGCUGACAGUGAAGAAAACAGUCAGCAAAACUAAAAGGCAACCGACGGAAGGGGAGAAGAUACUUGCAAAUGACGUAUUAG